CGCCCGCCGCCGGUUAUCUUCCCACAGUCUAAGGUCGAUAUCCGUACGGUAGGGAACACACAAUGUCGGAAGCAACGCAGCCCAAACCCAUCUCGGCGAUGGUUACAUCCGAGGUGCAUCCACCGGAAUGGGAUUCUCCGGAGGCCACCAGUGGAUCGUUCACGCUGAACCACGAAGCGGGCCCCGUCGAGGACGGCGCCAUCUCCGGACAUGGUUCGUUUGUGCUGCGGGAAGAAGAACCGGUCAUCGUGGAUACGACAACGACAAAUGGAUCGUUUGUGCUGAAGGAGACCGUCCCGAUCGUGUCCACUGAAGAGGGAGAUGGGUCUUUUGUUCUGAGGGAAGACGUGCCGAUCGUGUCACUGGAGGAAGGCGAUGGAUCAUUCGUUCUCAAGGAAGAAGUCCCCAUCGUGUCGACUGAGGAAGGUGACGGAUCAUUCGUUUUGAGAGAGGACGUUCCGAUUGUUUCGACCGAAGAAGACCAAAACGGAUCGUUCGUACUGAAAGAAGAAGUUCCGAUCAUAGACAACGCACCGAUGGAGUUCCCUGCGUUCAUCGAAGAAUCGAUAGCGAGCAUAGCUCCACAGGAAGGUUUCACACCGGGAGAGUUUUCCAUCACGAUCGAGAGGCUUUCCGAGUGCGAAGGAUUGAUCGGUGAGCUGCAUAAGGCCACCAUUGCAGAGGGAGAACGUCAACUCGAGGUCCUCUGUAAGAUACCACCCCUGGAUCCAAUGCGCAGGCAACAGUUCAACUCGAUGGCUUUGUUCGACCGAGAAGUGAACAUGUACUCCAACCUGCUUCCUGCUAUGUUCGAGUUUCAACGCGAGAAAGGCCUUACCGAAGAGCUCAACAGUGGGUUUUUCAAUGUCCCGAAGUGUUAUCUGACGCACUUCGACGCGGAAAGCGAGCAGGCGUUGAUCCUGAUGGAAGAUCUGCGCAACAGGGAGUUCUGCAUGUGGAACAAGUUGGAAUCGGUCAAUUAUGAACACGCAAAGCUGCUGUUGGUUCAGCUGGGACGUUUCCAUGGUCUUUCAUUGGCGAUGAAAGAGCAACGUCCAGAUCUGUUCGAACCGUUCAAACUGCCGGAUGUGAUGGUUCUUGCCAUGGAAGAGAAUGAACAAUUGAUGGGUAUGUUUACGACUGCUCUAGAUGCUGCCAUCUCGGUGCUGGAUCCAAGCGAGGAGAAAGCCUGCUUCAAGAUGGAAGGUCUGCGGAACGAGUUCUUUACCACGCUGCAGAGCUGCGUAGAUCCCGAACGAGCGGAGCCAUUUGCGGUUCUGAAUCACGGCGAUUGCUGGGUCAACAACCUCAUGUACGGAUAUCAGGACGGUGCUCCCCGAGACGUGCUCUUCUUGGACUGGCAAUUGGUCCGCUACGGAUCCCCGGUCCUGGAUUUGCUGUAUUUCAUAUUCUGUUGUACUGAUGAGGCACUUCGUGAGCGGCAUUACGACGAAAUGAUACGCAUCUACUACACUGCGUUGAAGGACCUGCUGGAGAAGGUGGGCAGCGAAGCCAUGGAUCUGUUCCCCUUGACGGCCCUGUUGCGACAGAUGAAGACAUUCGGGAAGUUCGCCGUCAUCAUGGCCGCCCUGGACAUUCCGAUUCUGUGUACCGAUCCGGCACAAAUUCAGAGCCACGGAGACGCUGCAGCAGCUUUUGCCGCUUCGCCAGAGGCCCAACGGCGCUACGGCUAUCGCAUGGGCGGCGUCAUUCGCGAUGCGAUUAAGUACGGAUAUUUGUAGGAAUGGAAAAUAAACGGCGCGGACGAGUCUUUGGUGGAGAUUUGUGUUAUCUUUACCCCGGCAUAAUCCCACUGGCAUCGAAAGGUGUACACGAGCCUCGGGUUUCUGAUGUUCGGGGCGGAACGACUCUUCUCUGUUAUCUUGCGGCGGCUGAAUUGAUUUGUUUCGAAAAUUUGCAUCAGGAAUUCGAUAUCGGAGAUUAUCUACAGUGCCUGUCAGAUUUUUAUUACGAAAUGUGAUAAAAUUGUGAAGUUUAA